UAAGGCGGUAGGAGCGAGUGCCUUUUUGCCGAGGAAGAGUUACGCUUGUGUAUGUUCGAAAAUGAAGUACAGUCAAGUAAUGCACAUCCGCGAUAUGGAUUUGGGGUAGUGACAUGGUUCUUGGUUUUAAUAUGAAAAGCCUUACAGUGAAGUAUUUUGGCUUUUUAAAGCUAGAGAGGGAUAUUUCACCAAAAAAUGGCAGUGAAGUAUUUUUCUCACGUGAAAUCUAUGAAAAAUAUUCAUUGGCUCCGAGCCUCUCUGAACUAUGGCAUUUAUCAAACAGAGAGACAAAGAAAAAUGUGGAGGCAUUGGCAGACUCUUCAGAAAACAGACAGCCUUGUAGCAUGCAAACUGCAGAUCCCAUUGAGGUGGAGGCUAAAAGCACAACUGAGGAUCAUCCUUUCCCAGAACCUAGACUCCCCUAUCCAUUUACUUCUUGUUUGACUGAGAAGGAGCAGAAAACAUAUUUAUAUCUGAUGAAUAAGUACUCAAAAAAAAAGAACCAUUUUCAAGUUAAUGCAGCAAGUCAAAGAGAAUUAUUCACCUAUCUUCAAAUGAAAGAAGCAUUAAACAAUGAAGUUGCAGAAUUUAUGAAAUUUGCCCAAAAUGCUGCAAAAAGCUGUGCCCAAGAUUAUGAUGCUAUCUCUGAAGAUGCGCAGCGUUACACUGAGGAAUUAUUACACGCCUGUAUUGAACAUGUGCAAAAGUAUCCCGAGUUUUACACGCUCCAGGAGAUCAUGAGUAUCAUGGGAGGAAAGUUUCAUACACAGUUGACCUUUAGGCUGGAAAAAAAUCUCCUUGUAAUGGGUACGGCAAGACGUGGUAAAACAGAAUUUCCUACCAUAUAUGUUCAGCUACCGACAGAUUAUAAAACCGUUACCUCUAUUAUAACUCCAGAAAAAAAGGCUUCUAUUAUGCACAAUGAUAUUAGUUCAGAUUCAAAUGCAGAGAAACUUGCUUCGAAAUACUGUCCACAAGUUGUUCUGAGUAAUCAGUCAUUAUUUACUUUACUGAAUAAUCAUGGACUAAACUACAAGGAACAAUGGGAAAUUCCAGUUUGCAUUAAAAUGAUCCCCGUUGAAGGUAGCAAACCAGCUAAAGUGGUAUAUGUUGAUUCACCUCUGCUGAAAAAGGAAAUGACAAUAAGAGAGAGGAACCAAAUCUUCCAUGAAAUUCCAAUGGAUUUCCUAGCAACUAAAACGUCUUAUGUUUCGAUUUCUCAUGUAUCAAUGGACAAACCAGCUGAGGACAGUCUGUUUCAGUGGGAUGGGUCUUCUGAUACGUACCAGUACAGGAAGAUUCCUCUUCCAGAUGACACAGGGAUGGACUUUGAUGUUGAUGUUACAGAACUGGAAACUUUUGGAGCAACUGCCAAGCUCUCAAGAACUUCUAAAAUGGAAAGUGCUUUUCCUACAGUUAGUAACACUGCUAAAGUUUUAUCACAUGGCCUAAAAAUGGGGGAAAAAAAUAUAUCCACCAUAAAUAGUGAAGAUGAAGAAGGAAAAAACACCAUUUCAGAGCAAGGAGUUUUGGAAUGUGCCAGCAUGCAGCUUCCAUCAUUAGAGGACAUUCUGUGCUUCAGCCCUGAAGAAAAUUCAUCUCAUAAAAGCUUCAGUUCAGAGGAGGUAGGACUGAAUAAAGCACAAAAUGUCAUGACCAGAGAAGCAUUGGACAAUGAAACAAAAUCCAGUGCUGUUAGUUACAAGAAAGAGUCUGAUGAACAAAAAAAUGAGACUUACACUUCUUUAUGCAGUAGUGACACAGAUGAAGAGCGUUUGGUAAUUGAUACAGAAUGUAAAAACACUGAUUGUUGCAAAACACCUAUACCAAACACCGUUUCUCAUACCUCAACAGAGACUGCCAAAUCACCUUCUCCUACCCAGAUGCCAUUAGCAAGCAUGACUGACUCAGGUAUCACAGAUCAGGGAAAAAAUGCCCCUAGAAAGCCUACCAAAAAAUUGUCCAAAGAAUUUGAUCCUGUCGGACAGAUUUUGAAAAUGCAAACUGAACUUCUCAAGUCACCUUCCCAAAAAGCUCAUGAGCAGCCAGUGGUGAACUGUGAUAAUUCUAAUGCUACGCCAGUCCAUGUGCCUCAAUCUCCAAAACCACUGGUGUCUUCCAGCACAGAAGCUGUGCCAGCGCCUGCCUCAAAUCCCAGCGGCUCAUCUAGAAAUACCUGGACGUGGCUUUUUCAGGGAGUGCCAAAGAGAAAGCUGCCAAAUGAACUUCAGAUACUUGAAGAGGAUCCUUCAGAGUAUAAAGCCCCUCAGGAUGGCAACCUUGUGUAUAAGCUAUUUAGUUUGAAUGAUCUGUUGUUACUUGUGCGUUGCAGUGUGCAAAAAGUGAAGUCAUUGCCACGAUACCAUAAAAAGAAAAAAGCCCAAAAGCUUAUUCCAAUAUUCCUGUUGCCAAAACUGGAAUACCAAGCCUAUUACGGUGUCGAAGCUCUUACAGAAAGUGAAGUAUGUCGGUUGUGGACAGAGAGUAUGUUGCAUUCUGAAUGCCUAUUUUAUAUUGGACGUAUUGAUGCUUUUACAUCAAAGCUUAUUAUGCUAGAAAAGAUUUCUCCAGAAAUGUUAAAAGAAAAACUUGUAUUGAUUAAGCCUGCAAAUUCAUUAAAUAUACUUAAUCACAUUUUGAAGAAAGUGUCCGAUUUGCAGGAGGGUUCUUAUUUAUUGACUCAUGCUUCAGGAGAUUCAUCAGUUGCAAUCUACAGGAGUUCUCUUGACAAGACGACGAGAGCAUCGUACAACUUACAUAAAGCUCAUUGUGAUCUGCCUCCUGUACCUGCCACGCUUUCAGUCCCAUGGGUGCCGCUAGAUCCCAGCCUCCCUUUGCCCUAUCACAUAAAUCGCGGAAGAGUGCCAUGCACCUUUCCACCUGCACCCCAGGAAGCCAUGUGGAAACAGAUGACUGGGGCGAAAGGACAGUCGGACACACCCUAUGAGGGAAAGCCAGUAGCUAUGGAAACAAAAGGCAAUUGGACUAAGCCUGCUAGAAAUAAAGGUGUGGCUGCAAAGAAACUGAAGAAUUACUGCAAACAAAGAAUGACAAAGAAGAGGAAAAUGAAGUACAACAAAAUGCAACUGAAGCAGGAAUAGCUGAACCAUGCUGUGAUAAGUAUGGCCUGGAGAAGGACAAGACGAAACAAAAAAUCUGAGGCUUUCUUACAGCUUCAAAGGAUCCAGAAUAAGCUGGCAGGGGAAAUGGCUCAGUAGCUGAAACAUUCUAUAAACCUUUAACCCUAUUUUACCUCAGUGGACACAUUUCAAGUGAAAAUCUCAAAUUCAGGCAGAGGAAAAAAGAGCAAGUGUCUGCAGCUGAGGUUAGGGGACAAAAGUGUAUCUUCUGUCGGUCUCAUGAUUUUUGUAGAAAAACUACAGCUCGAAGAAUGAAGCAGUGGUCAAUGGCAAUAUCUGAUAUCAUAUAACAAGAAGAAAAAUAGAUUUUCAGCUUUCUUAGUUCUUCCAGAAUCACUACAGAUUUUUAUUUUGACAUAAUUUAAGCUUGUGUUUUACUUUGUGUAGUGUGCAUAUGGGGAACAACUUGGAUUUAUUUGCUUAAUCCUUUUAACACACAGUGUCUACCAGCUUUCUCUUUAGGAUGAUCUAACAGAUGAGGUUUGGGGAACAAAAGAUGCGUUCCUUUGACUAGUAUGUGCCAUAAAUUUGCACUAGGGAACUUAGGAGUUCAUAAGUUCAGAACAGCUGGACAGUUAAAAUACAUAUUUUUAUUCUUCCCCAAAACAAUUUCCAAAAAAAUUGCAUUGAUUCUGACAUGUCUUCAAAAAUGAAUAUUGCAGUUAUUUACUGUAUUACUGAAUGGGUACACAGUCUAAAUCUCAUAUCAGAUUGCACGCUGGUAUGCAGUAGUGCUUACCUGAGGCAUAAAGUUUUGCCUGGAGGAGCAAGUGAUAGGAUCAAGGCCUUAGUCAUGGUUCCAGAAACACAAUCAGACUGUACAUCAGCAGUUUGCUUGAAAUUUAGAGCCAAACUGACAGAGUGAAGUUAGGAAAAGAGAAUACUUACUGUCUAUGAAAAGGCCAAUCUAUGUGAUGACAUGCGGUUUCCUAGUGAAUAUGUGUGUGGAAAAAUUAAACUUGUUUUGAAUAUUAGUAUAUAAACACACUGUAUUCUGUGAUGUGUUUGUAACUAACAUGAUUGCUUGUGAGAGAAGAUUUCUCUGCAUAACAGCUAUUUUAUGGUACAUACAUUCGGUGUUUUGUCAAACAAUUUCAACAGAAACAAUCCUUGAAAUUGACGCUUGAAAAUUAUAAUCUCUAUCAUUGCUUCUGUUUUGUGUUUUCUUGACUUCUACCUCUAUUUUCCUUUAUUAAGAGUAUUGUUUUUAGAAGAGCACAUGAGUUCUUGCAAGCUUCAAGAAUUAGUCCAAUAAAGUCUUUCCCAUUUUUGCCUUUUAAACAACAAAAUUAUUUUAAAAUAUCUGAGCCAGUGACGUUCUGGAGAGCAGUUUGCAUGCAUGCUUAAACUGCUAACACAAAAAACAAAGGCCUUAAAAAUGUUCUUCCAAUCUUUUGUAUGAACUAAGGAAGUUACGAAGUACGCACAUCUGAUAAAACAUUCUUCUGCUCACUGGGGCUUGAUGUGACACAUUUUAAUGUCAUGAAAGUAAAAAGAAUUUUUAAAUUGUUUACUGGGGUAUACCUGUUAGAAAAUCCAGAAGAUAAUUUUUUAUAAAGCAGGCUUAAACAAUUAAUGUAUAUUAAAAACAAUUCUUUGGGAAAUACUGAGCAUUUUCGGAUACUAUUUUUUCCCCUACUGUUAGAUAUAUUUAUAGUUUUAUUCAGGUUAUUGUUUUAUUUGGCUUUUUCUUUUAGCUUCAGUGCUAAGCUAAUGACAGGCUAAACUGGCGUAGAGCUAUUUGCAAAUUACAAGUAGUUCUGAUUUGAAAUACUAAAUGCACUUAGUGACCUCUCAUAAUAGGAAUAUUUUAGCUGUGAGUCAUUUCUGCCAGAUAACUAACUCUGUGUGGGGAUUCAAAGCAGUUUUCAGUUUGUAUAAACUUUUGCCCGACUGGUAUGGAACUUAGUUUCUCAAUGCAGUUUCAUAUAUUAGAAAUGCAUCGUCUAUUUACCCAUGUAUCUAUAUGCCUAAAAGACUUGCAUCAUUCUCUUAAUAGUCAUGCUAUUGUACUAUGCUAGUAUACUACUAACAUUAGUAUACUAAUUGUAAUUUCCUUUCUGUUUAGAAUAAGCAGGGAAGCUGGAGUUUGUAUAUAACACAUGAAGUGGCUUUUUAACUCACUGUUUUGUUUUAUUAGAUUAUUUUCUUUUGGAUUAAGUGGGACUGAAGUAAUCUGCUCUAAAAUGAGUUAGUUGUUUGAAAGACUCCAGUUUUGUUCACGUAUCACACUUUGGUAAUCCCACCUAUACUCCACUUAUAUUUGCAUCUAAAAUAAAACUUUAUUUCAAGGAGUUUACUGAGAAAGGGGAGUAGAUAGCAUGUUUAUUUCAGGCAGUAACAUCUGAAAUUUGAAACUAAGAAAAACGUCUAAACAAAACAAUUGGUAAAAAACAGAUUUCAGUAAAGCCAGAAAAUGUGCUGGAUAUUAGUUGCUGGAUCACUGGUUCUUUAAACUGUUCCUGAAGUGAUAGUUACCUGUGGAGAAGGAAGGAAUACAGGGGACCCUGACAGUUGUGAUGACACCAAAGUAUACAUUCCUAAAUGUAGCACAGAUUGUAAAGCUGGGGGAAGCGGGAAACUACAGAUGAAGGAGAGUGAGUGAGCCUGGGUCUGACUCUGCAGGUAACUGUUGCUCUCCAGCUAAUUAAUGCUGAUCUCUUUUUAUGGCUUCAACCCACUGAGAUCAGAAAAGAAGUUCCACAGAUCUCUCAAUUGAGACCUGUAAUUUCAAUCUUCAACUCUGUGUUUGUAAUGGAUUGUGUGUGUUUAUGUUACAAAUUGUAUGUCUUGUUUUUAAAUGUAAUUACUACUUUUUGUCACUCUGUACUGUAACAAUAUCUUUUACAUACA